CCCGACCCAGUAUUUAAAUCCGGGAGCUUGAAGGCUGUGCUGCUCAUGCACUGAAAACCCGGUGUAAUCCAGGAAGCAGCUGAGAGGCAGAGAGCGAGAGAGAGAGAGACAGAGAGAGAGAGAGAGAGAGAGAGAGAGAGAGAGAGAGAGGAACACAGAGAAUCAGGGGGAAAAGAGGAAAAUAAACUGCUUCACCAGCACACUGGAGGAGGCGACAGUUACAGCAGGACAAGCAAAGGAAAAGACAAAAGGAGUGAAAAUUGUUGGAUCCUGGUGUGAGAGUAGCCCGGAACAUAUGCCGUCUCGCUCGUCUCUCUGUUCGCUGUCAUUAGCUCUCUUCCACUGUACCAGCGGGGGAGGGUACAUCAGCCGUCCCAGGCCUAGUUCCAUGUCCCAGCAUCCCGCAAGAGCUCAGACAAGGCCACUGCGACCGUUCCCGACACUGUGAGAGCAGGACAAGGCAGUGAGAGAGAGACCUCAGCGGUGCAUCUGGGCCAAAGACCUUGAAGCCUCAGCGAUCCCUGCCCGGGACGCCCGUUUCCCUCACACACUACCCCAUCGACCUGCGGACAUCCAUGGAUGAAAAGUACAAAGAGAUCGCUGAGGAGCUGUUCACACGCAGCAUGACGGAAAGCGAGAUGCGCAGCGCGCCGUACGAGUUCCCGGAGGACAGUCCCAUCGAGCAGCUGGAGGAGCGUCGGCAUCGCCUUGAAAGGCAAAUCAGUCAGGACAUCAAGCUUGAGCCCGAGAUCUUGCUCCGCGCCAAACAGGACUUCAUGAAAAUCGACAGUGCUGCAGACCUAGAGUUGAUGAAGGACGCGAACGUCGACGCUGUGGACAAUGCCUUCAUAGAGCGGGAAUUACCGAUGGAGAGGGAGUACCAACGGGUGUCAAUAUCUGGAGAGGAGAAGUGUGGGGUGCCAUUUUCUGACCUGGUAGAUGCCGCCAAGUGUGUGGUGAAGGCGUUAUUCAUCCGGGAGAAGUACAUGAACCGCUCCAUGCAGAACUUUUGCAAGACGACCACCCACGCCCUGCAAGAUCUUGAAAUGAGGAAUCAGGAUUUGGGAGUCUACGAUGACAUACCCGAGACCCCCGUCGACGCUGACGCACCGGUUCACCCUCCUGCUUCUGAAACGCACCCUUAUGACCAUAUGGAUCCCAAAAACAUGCCCCCGGACACCGGCUAUGGCUGCAAGAUGGUGGAUGGAGUUGUUCAUGUUUACACCAAGAAAACUAACAUGGAUAAAAGUACGGAACUUGAUCUGUUGUAUCCUGACCUGAAGGAGUACAUUGCAGACAUGAAUGUGAUGAUGGCCCUCAUCAUCAACGGCCCAGUAAAGUCUUUCUGCUACCGCCGCCUGCAGUACCUGAGCUCUAAGUUUCAGAUGCACAUCCUGCUGAACGAGAUGAAGGAGCUGGCAGCUCAGAAGAAAGUUCCUCAUAGAGACUUCUACAAUAUAAGAAAGGUGGAUACCCACAUUCACGCGUCAUCCUGCAUGAACCAAAAGCACCUGCUGCGAUUCAUCAAGAGAGCCAUGAAGAAGUACCCCGAGGAGAUCGUUCACAUCGAGCAGGGGCGCGGUCAGACCCUCAGGGAUGUGUUUGAGUCCAUGAACCUGACGGCCUUCGACCUGAGCGUGGACACGCUGGACGUGCAUGCGGACCGGAACACUUUCCAUCGUUUCGACAAGUUCAACGCUAAAUACAAUCCCAUCGGAGAGUCCAUCCUCAGAGAGAUCUUCAUCAAGACCGACAAUCACGUUGAGGGCAAAUACUUUGCACACAUAGUUAAGGAGGUGAUGUUCGACUUGGAGGAGAGUAAGUACCAGAACUCUGAGCUCCGUCUCUCCAUCUACGGCCGCUCCCGAGACGAAUGGGACAAACUGGCUCAGUGGGCCGUCAAGCACAGGGUGUACUCUGAUAAUGUGCGCUGGCUCAUUCAGGUGCCACGUCUCUUCGAUGUGUACCACACCAAGAAACAGCUGGCUAACUUCCAGGAGAUGUUGGAGAAUAUAUUCAUGCCUCUGUUUGAAGCCACUAUUGAUCCUGGCAGCCACCCUGAGCUGCAUCUCUUCCUGGAUCACGUGGUGGGCUUUGACAGCGUGGACGAUGAGUCCAAACCCGAGCACCACAUCUUCAAUCUGGACAGCCCUUUGCCGGGGAACUGGACCGAAGAAGACAACCCACCUUACUCCUACUACCUCUACUACACCUAUGCCAACAUGACUGCACUCAACCACCUGCGACGGCGGCGAGGCUUUCAUACCUUUGUGCUCCGACCUCACUGCGGUGAAGCGGGACCCAUCCACCACCUGGUGUCGGGUUUCAUGCUGUCAGAGAACAUCUCUCACGGGCUGCUGCUGAGAAAGGCUCCAGUGCUGCAGUAUCUUUAUUACCUGGCUCAAAUUGGCAUCGCCAUGUCGCCGCUGAGUAACAACAGCCUGUUCCUCAGCUACCACCGCAACCCACUGCCGGAGUACCUCUCCAGAGGCCUCAUGGUGUCCCUCUCCACGGACGACCCUCUUCAGUUUCACUUCACCAAAGAGCCUCUGAUGGAGGAGUACAGCAUCGCAGCACAAGUGUGGAAAUUGAGUUCUUGUGACAUGUGUGAGCUGGCAAGAAACAGUGUUCUCAUGAGUGGCUUUUCCCACAAGGCGAAAAGCUACUGGCUGGGCCCCAGUUAUUCCAGAGAGGGUCCAGAGAGCAACGACAUCCGCCGCACCAACGUCCCCGACAUCCGCGUGGCGUACCGCAGCGAGACGCUCACCGAGGAGCUUCAUCUCAUCACUCACGCCGUGCGCACGGAGGAGCUGGACACCAUCGAGGAGGAGGAGGAUACUCUGACCAUGGGUCCUCUCCCGGGAAGACAAUGAGACUACGCUCACCUCUUCUUCAGUAAAUCUCCAAACCUGCGGUCCACUCAGCAUGAUGACGCCCGACACAUAGCGGUGUGAGAGAAGUUCUGGUUUUCAUCCUGUUCAGAGUAUCGGUCGCUGACCAUCGGUAUGCCCCGCUCACAGCCACACAGUCACCACAAAGCCAAGUAUGCGGGUCACCCAGGUCACCUCAGCUCUGACGUGCUGUGAUUUCUCAUGCCUGAAUUCUUUAUGUUGAUGAACAAAAUCAGAACUCCCUUUUUUUUCCAGACUUCCUCUAAAGUUCUACAUCGGUCCACGUUAUGAAGGUUUACAGGAAUGAGCUUCAGGGGUUUUAGUGAAUGAGCAGCAUGUUCCUCUUCCUGUGCCAGUAAAGCUCACAGAUAAUCCCUGUUGUCCUGUUUGUUCUUCAGUCACGUUUUCAUAGUGAGUCUCCUUUUCACUAAACAGCAUGGCUGCUUAUGAAAGAAAAAACUGCAGCAAGUCAGGCGUACCUGCACACCUCUCUCUGUCAUGUUUGAGUCUGUUGAAUGCCGCGUCACUGAACUGUAGAAAUGUGUAGUUUUUUUUUUUGUGUGAUUUGAUUUAAUUUGCCAAAUUGCACAUUUAGAAUUAUUAUUCCAUGAUUCUGAGACAACUUAAGCUCAGAAAGGUAUUAAAAGAAAACCUGCAUGGCCCUCGUGUUAAAGGGAAGCAGACUUUCUUUUAAAGCCCCACCCUCAGCACACAAAGCUGUUCUUACUUCUGGUAAGCCCAAUGUUAUUCCACGGAUCUGUGCAUGAAAACCGCUAUUGCAAGAGGCACUGUGGCUAAUGUAAACAACGGCAGCAGUGCUUUUAGCUUUCAUUUUGGCACUGAAUCACCCCAGUUUGUUCAUUCCGACGCAGCCCGCUUCGAUGUUGCUGUUGCAUCAGUCCAUCUUUAAUUCCAUGCGGUCUCUUGCAGGAUCAUUUGUAGAAACCCGUGUGCUUCUCCAGGGGUUUUGACGGUACUGGUCUGUCCCUGAUGUGUGAGCCACAGGCUGCCAGGGGGAAUCAUUGCAUGUCGGAUGCCUAAGUAAUGGAGUUCUUGUCGAAUUUGGUUGAAUUCCUUCCUCAGACGAUGAAUCCUAGUCGACAAAUUGGAGAAACGCCUCACUUGUUUAUCUCUUUAGUGGUUUUCUUUUUGGGCCCACACAGCUGCCAGAAGUGCCACCUUGUCUUCAUAGUGGGAAACUUCAUUAUUAAAGUCCUCUGUGAUCAGUGUCGUACUUCCUCAGACCGAUCUGGAACACACUUUCCAUUUUCGGUCUGGUGAGUCCAACCAUUUUCCCCAAAACAUGCAGGGGUCUGGACACUGGGCUCCUUGUCGAUGUCCCACUUGGCUCUGAUUGUUUAGUCGACAUCUGGUUUCCAGGUACAAAACUUUUAUCUUCCAGAGUUUUGUUUGCGGCCUCCUGCUUGUUUACUUUAGCCUGUAAUUCAGUCUUUUUGUCUUCCAUGCCCAAUACACGCUGCUCAGCUUAUGAAACCUGCACCAAACAAUCGUUUACCUCUUCUUUCACGUCGUUUAUCACCUCCUCAAGCCCAUAAAGCUUUGCUGCAAAGCCUGUUUUCAGAGUUUGUGGCAGCUAAAAUACUGUCGACCUUCCUACCUGUGAGCUUUUCCAUGUUAUUGUUAGCAUUAGCUGGUCUUGUUAUUAUGGUCUUGAGUGGCCUUUGACGUCGCCGUACUCGUGUGGGUUCUCUGACGUGCACCGAUCAUUGCAGAAAACAGGAUAUGUAGCAUAAACUGUGGUCGCAGGAGAGGAGCAGGUUGAAACACGUUCGCCUCGGCGGCCGCCAUGACCACCGGUCGGACGGAGACUUUUUGUUGAUGAUGGAAAACAUUCCCUGAAGCAAACAGAGGAAACUGUUGGAGUUCCAUUGUGUAUUUCUUUGGUGGAAGAGACGUAAGAAGACUUUUUUAAUCACAGCACAAGCAAGUGUAGAGGAAUUCUCACCAUUACCUCACUCCAUACUCUUUCGGGCCCUGAUCGGUCUCAUUCCUUCUCCACUGAGCAAAAACUCUACAUUGUCUUUUCUUUGCAUGCAGUGCACUGUACAUUUGCACCAAGAAAUUCAUAGUGCCUUUUCAUUUGUAGCUUUGUGCAUUGCAUGUCCAGUUUUUUUCUCUCUCUGACAUACAGCAAGCGUCCCGUGUUUCCUCCCUCAGUCAGAGUACAGUUUGGCCUCCACACUGUCCUGAAGCCCGCACCGCUGGGACCACCUUGCUGCAUGCUCACUUUAAACUUUGGCCUUUGAAGGGAAAGUGUAGUUUGUUCUUUGCUGAUAAGUGCUUUACCUGCAUGCCUGCAUGACUAAUUGUUGGCAGGAGAGAAAAAGAGAUGUUUACAGUGAACUGUAAAGCUACAGAUAUGUUAGAGAAAAAAAAAAAAAACAUUCACGAGAAAACACUUGUCUAAUUCAGGGCUGCCGACCAGCAUUCGAUCUGUUUGUAAAGAAGCAAACAGAUUUAAACUCAGCAUUGUAGAAACACGCUUACCAUGCUGGGACAUGGUUAAGACUGUUGCAUGAAUCUUGUAGCAUUGUUGUUCAAAGGUACAUCAUGUAAACUUUGAAUUUCCGUCUCGUAAGGCCACUUUGUGCAAAGGGUCAUGUUGCUGAGGCUCCAUGACGCCGUGCCUUCAGUCCUGCUCAGUUAGCCACACUGUCUGAAGUAACAUCACUAAAACUCAUCAUAAAUACAACAAACCAGAACAUGAAGAAUGACUGUGUGUUUAUUUUCCUCAAAGUGCAGAUAAUACUUAUCAAUUUGUUUGAAAUGUUUCAUUAUAAUGAUUUUGAUAGUAUGUUUUUUGGGUUUUUUUUUGUUUUUUUUGCAUAUAAUGACGUUCCUCCAUGUAGCACCAAAGAGAGCUUUAACACCACUGGUGAUACGUGUGCCAGUUUCAGAAUCCGUGAGUCAGAAUUUAGCUGUUUUCAUGAGUUGUACAGACCAAUCGGAGGCUCUCCACCGUGACACCACGAUCAAAGCACUAUGGCUUUUUGUUAGGAGACAAUGUCAGAAAGUUAAUUUUACCUUGAAGUUUACACUGAUGUCUAAUAAUCCUCACAUGCGAUGUUGGCUCGUGGUUCACGUUUCAGUGUGCUCAGCUCUAUUUUUAGUGAGAAAACAGCUGCAACCAACCACAUGUCAACAUGUGUUUCAAUACUCUUUGUGUCUGGAUGCACAAAAGACCUACUUUUAAUUAUCAAACAAACACUUUAUGUCUGAUUUGUUACCUAGAUAAUUGUAUCUUUGUCUGGAUGA